GGUUCUGUCGAUUUGUUCGCUUCCUUGUUCCAGACCGGUCCGCGAUUGUUAUUUUCGUCCCGUUCGUAUGCGGGAACUUAAAAAGAUACUUACUCGCGGAGGAUUUUCGGCUAGCCUUUUUUUCUUAGUGAGAACUGUCACUAUUGUUUGGAAUUGGUUUCGGGAUUUCUUUGCCCUGCAAAAAAAAGGAUUAUCGCAGUGUGUUGGUUAUCUGAGGGUUUUUCGUUUCUGGUGGGCUGGUGCCCCGGUACUGGCGAAAUAAUUUUCUCCCCCGAGAGGGGCUCUCGUCGAGACGCAUCAUCUCAUCACCAAAAGAAACGUGUCGUUCUCAGCUUGUAACUGUGGGCUUCUGUCGUUUGAAAAAUCUGUCAAGUAUAAAUUAUUUAAAGUGUGUUCCGUGCAAGAAAGACCCAUCGAGAGUGAUUUUUUCGUUUCAAGAAAAUCAGUUUAACUGCCACCAACACUAGCGGACGUGUAUAGAGUCAAACAAAAAUUGACGAAAAACUAAGCUGUGUGCACUUGAUACGUGUGUGGCUAAGCGGAAUCCACAGAUGUCGAGAUUCGAAGGUUGCGCCAGCAGUGUCACUUCUGUCGGAAGAUGGAAAAAAUUCGCCAAGGAGCUGAAAGUCUCUUUCGGUUGUUUUCUGUUGUGAAAAUGAGUGCGAAGGGAAAACGGGGAAAUAGCUGCCGCAAGUUUUGAAUAGACCAGACAAAAAAAAAACAGCGAAGAAUACAUUUUUCAUGAAAAAUGGAUAGGUUCAAUGACACGAGAGCAAGAAGCAAACACACAAGCUUAGCGGUGGAAAGAAAGGAAGAAAAAAAGUAUACAAAUAUAAAUAUAUUGGUUGAUAUACACUCUCAUAUUCUUGAAUGACUACACCGACCCGAAGAGUGAGAGUACCGAAACGAGCAGCAGGAACGGGAGAGAGAGAGAGCACGAGCAAGCGAGAAUGAAGUGCGACAAAUGGUGAUGGCGGAAUACGGGGGAGGUGGGGCUAGCGGCACUAGUGCGGAGGGGGGUUUACCUCCAUCGCCAAGAACAACAGCAACAAUUCUAGCGCUACCGAGUGGCCAAGAGUGGAAUGACACUCGUACUCGCGUGGACGGGUGGAAUUGGGGGCCAUGCGUGUGUGUGUCUGUAGUGUAAAACCGCGUGUAUUUGGACCAACACAGCCUCAUCCACAAGAGCCGAACUUAGUAGACCACCGUUUUGUAGCAUACAUGCUCAAAUUACCGAAAAUUGACGCGAAAUCGUUUCGUGGAAUUAUUUUGACAAGUGCUAAUCAAUUAGGAUCUGAUUUGCGUUGGGAUUGGGGUGGGAACCCGGGGGAAUGGGGAUAUUCGGCGAUUUGAGCAAUGCUGCUGCGGAGCGGUAGGUUAACUGUGUAUGUAUGCGAGAGGAGAGGCAAAUUUUGACAGCUGUGCACAGUGCAAUGGAGGUGCCAUCUGGUUCCGUUGACCGGAAACUGUUCACCACUGGCGGCCACUCGCCACCCAAUGGAUUCGGAAGUGAUUAUACUUUGACUGGUCAGAAGAGCCCGGUCUGGUGCGUGUACAGUUGGGGCUAGUUGGGGCGACUAGUGGCUACACCUGACCCCAGUGGCCGGAAGCAGUGUCCGCUCAGCGAGGAAACGUCAGCAGUUCAGCUGUGUGUGCGUCUAUGUCUGCGUGUUUGCCUUUGCUGAAUUUUUACAGGAAUUUUACGCGCUCAUGUAGGAAAGGAUCAAGCAAGAAUUGUUGUAACUCCUUGGCAGUUGAUAUUCAGUGUUCACAAAACAAAAACCAGUGCAAUCGAAUCCGGAGAGCCGCCUAGGCGAAAGAAGUGUGUGCGUGUGUGCGCGAUCUAGCGGCUUCACGAGAAGGGAAUAUUGUAGUGUAAAUAGUAGUGGGCAAAAUAAGUGAGUUCUGGGAAGCAUCGAUCGGAAGCGCAAAUUAAUGUGCGCUAAGAAACGAAAAAUACAAAAAAAUUUAAACUUUUCAACGAAGUGUUUUUAGGAGUGUUGACAAUAAAAAAUAAUAAACCAAUGUUUGUGCUUCGAGCGAAGUUGGAGAAGCCUGAAGUGUGAAAACUAGAGAAAAUAGUGCGAGUGAAUAUUGAUAUUUGGGAGGUCACAUAUUUCAGUCAGCACGAUUCGGUCGACCGUUGCCACAAUAGGGUUAGUUAAAAUGAGUGUGAAAUCGAUCGAGGAUCUGUAUCCUACAUAAUCCAGGCACAGGAAGCCUUCGAAACUGGUGCGAGUGAGUUUGUUUCUGGAACCAGUAUAGUUACGUCGACACUUUGUAUAGUAGCAGCGGGGGUGCGAGAGUGAUUGGGUGCGGGAAGCUUGAGCAACCAAGAUAUGGAUAGCGAUUUCACCGAGUUCUUCAAUCAGACCUGGAAUAGUAAAUUUCAAGGCAAUAAUAGCAGAACGGGACUCGGCGGCGAUGGAAGCGGUGCCGGUGGUGGAACGGGGAGUGGUCUCGGUAUAUUUGUGGGAUCUUCCGCAACAGCAAUGGCUGCUGCUCCGAAGCUUUCAUCGAGACUGACCCAGUCUCACCAGCAGCAUUCUCACCAGCAACAGGGUCCCCACGUUGGUUGCAGCACUUCCGGGGGAAUGACCGGCAACAAUAGCAUCCUUCGGAACGAAAGUCUGCUGGCGGACACACGGCUUUUUCUGAACGAAAUCGCCAACAGCCACAAGAGCCAACAGGAGCAGCACCAACUCCAACAGCAACAUAAUCAAAACAAUAGAAACCUAUUUACAACAAGCAUAGCAGCUGCCGCAACGACUGAUUUACGUGAUACAAAUCUAGGGCCUUUAAGAAAUACCAGUAGCAGUAGUAAUACCAACACUAGCAGUAACAGCAACAAUACCAAUAGUAGUAAUGUCAACAAUAGUCAUAGCUUUACCCGUGAUACCAGAGAGUUUCCCAAGCUCAGCCAUAGACUGAUGCAGCCACUGAACGAUUGUUCCGCGGGCGGGGGAGUACCGGGCGGGACAUCCGGUGGCGGUAAUAGCACCAACACCACCAACAGCAGCAGCGCCGGCACCCGCCAGCAGUCGGCUGGGUUAAUGAACCAGCAGGACUUCAAUGCUUUCUGUUCCUCGCUAACGGCAGCGGCGGCGGCUGCGUCGGCGGCGACAACCAGUGACCUGGCCGACAGUACAACUCCGCCGCCGUCGGUUGCCGGUUCGUCGUCGUCUUCCUCGCUGAACACCAGCAAUCUACUGGCGGCGGCCGCGGCUGCCGCAGCUGCGGCCAGCGGGGAGAUGGGUCCGAGUGCGAGCGAUCUGCUCGGACUGGGCGGACAUCAGCACGAGAAGAAGCCACCGAACUCCAUCCGAGCGCAAAUCGAAAUCAUCCCCUGCAAAGUGUGCGGCGAUAAAUCGUCCGGAGUACAUUACGGCGUGAUAACCUGCGAGGGCUGCAAAGGCUUCUUCCGGCGUUCCCAGAGCUCCGUCGUCAACUACCAGUGCCCCCGGAACAAACAGUGUGUCGUGGACCGAGUCAACCGGAAUCGGUGUCAGUACUGUCGACUGCAAAAGUGCCUAAAGCUUGGAAUGAGCCGUGACGCGGUCAAAUUCGGUAGGAUGUCAAAGAAGCAACGGGAAAAGGUAGAGGACGAGGUACGGUUUCAUCGAGCCCAGAUGCGUGCGCAGAGCGAUGCGGCGCCCGACAGCUCAGUGUUUGACACCCAGACACCCUCGAGUAGUGACCAACUGCAUCACGGUUACAACGGAUACCCGUACAACAAUGAGGUGGGCUAUGGCAGCCCUUACGGCUACUCGACGUCUGUCACACCGCAGCAAACGAUGGGUUACGACAUCUCGGCCGAUUACGUGGAUAGUACAACAACUUAUGAGCCUAGAAGUUCCAUAAUUGACUCAGAGUUCAUAAGCGGACACAAUAAGGACAGCUCACCAAACCAUCGGGCAAUAACGCUGAGCGAUAUUCGGUUGGCCCGAGUUCAACAGACUGCAACAACCACCAGCAGUAGUACCGCUGGUGGGGGCAGUGGCCAACAACAGCAGCAACAAACCGGUCAGCAGCAACAUCAGCUAACCCAGCAGCAGAAUCCCAAUCAGCAAACAGCAAUAACCCCGCUGCCGAGUCAUACCACCGGCAAUAACGACAACAACAGCACAAAUAGUACAAUUAUCGCCAUCAAGCAGGAACAGCUCACGAAUGUGGACAGCAUUGUGGGAAGCUUCGUUGACUCGACGACCUUCCUGCCCUCGCCGAACAGCCAGCAGCAGAUGGUCAACCAAAGCAUGGUUCAAAAUACCGGUACGAACGGGCCCGGAAUGACUCAAACCGUAGUGUCCGGUUCAGAAGUUACAGGCAAUAGCAUAAGGCGGAGUGACUGCUGCCAGCAGAAUCCCGUUUCGUCGGUUGGGAGUGGUACAGGCGGGGGAGGAGCAGACGGCAUCGGGGUGUCCCAUUCGCAUCAUCCCAGCCAGAAUACACCGGUUUCGUUCGGCGAGGACGACAGCUCCUGCGAUUCGCACACCAAGUGGGCCGAAGGCGACAUUAAUGACGUGUUGAUAAAAACCCUUGCGGAAGCGCAUGCAAAUACCAAUCACAAGCUGGAGUUAGUGCAUGAAAUGUUCCGAAAACCCCAGGACGUCACCCGCAUUUUGUACUACAAGAACAUGAGCCAAGAGGAACUCUGGCUCGAUUGCGCCGACAAGCUUACCGCAAUGAUCCAGCAGAUUAUCGAAUUCGCCAAGCUGAUACCGGGCUUCAUGCGAUUAAGUCAAGAUGAUCAGAUUCUCCUGCUGAAGACGGGUUCGUUCGAGCUGGCGAUCGUGCGAAUGUCCCGACUUAUGGAUCUCUCGACCAACUCGGUGCUUUACGGAGACAUCAUGCUGCCCCAGGAAGUGUUCUACACGUCGGACUCGUUCGAGAUGAAGCUAGUGGCGUGCAUAUUCGAGACUGCCAAGAGUAUCGCCGAGCUCAAGCUGACGGAGACGGAGCUGGCGCUGUACCAGAGUCUGGUGCUGAUGUGGCCGGAACGAAAUGGCGUCCGAGGUAACACCGAAAUCCAGCGAUUGUUCGAAAUGAGCACGUCCGCCAUCCGGCAGGAGAUCGAGACGAACCACGCGCCACUCAAAGGGGACGUGACGGUGCUCGAGAUACUGCUGAAUAAAAUCCCAACCUUCCGUGAACUCUCCAUCAUGCACAUGGAGGCGCUGCAAAAGUUCAAGCAAGAUCACCCGCAGUACGUAUUCCCCGCGCUGUACAAAGAGUUAUUUUCGAUCGACUCGCAGCAAGACCUACUGACAUAACAGGAUCACCCGCAGCAGCAGCAACAGCAACAACAGCAGCAUCCGGAGCAGGACUCGGAGCACGUUCCAAUCCCUUGCGCAACCAGUGAGUAUCACCCUCAGCAGGAGCUUCAUCAGUACCACCAGCAACAGCAACAAGAGCAAUAUUUGAAAGGAAAUCCGUCACAAGACAAGAUGGAAGAGGAUGUGGCAAGUAGUGGCAAGAUGGUGGGACCAGCAACGGUUCAAGUGAGUGAUAACAACACCUUCAUCAUCAUCAUCCAACAAGACGGCGAAGUGAUCACUCAGACGAAGUAGUCGACGUUUGGUUUUAAGCACUCAACACGAAGGAUGAAAACUGGCACCACUGUCAAACAUGUGUACGCAUCGCGCUAGGCGAUUCCCCAUAAACUUCUCAUAUUGGUCACUGUUGUAAGCGAACAACCAACUGAGGAGGGACACAAAGCAUUUGCUGCAUAGGUUAAGGCGCGUAAUUCGUUCGAAUCGGUUGGGAGAAAGAAGUGCAUUAUUAUGACAACAUGCAUUCAGAAACUAAAGCCGAAUCCAAACAGAUGGUGACGAUUUCCAAUUUACAACAAAAAAAAAAUCUUCAAUUUUAUAACCUAACAAAUUCCCCCCCACACACACCCACAGCAAUGAAACUUGUUUCGAGCGAAAUAUUUCCGUCGGUACCGUCUGUUUACAUUUAGCCGAAAUGUGUCAAACGGCGCGUGUGCACUGAAACAAAACUGUCUGAAGCUUUAGAAAGCACACUUUUUCCCUUCACAGCAUGGCAAUUUAAAAGGGAGGAUAAAGCAAAAACAUAGUUUAGUGAAACAAUAGUGAAAAUAACGUAUAGAAAAAAAGAAACACACACACAGAGCGAUAGUAAUUGUUGAUGUAAAUGAAUUUAAUGAUUGUUAUAUUAUUUUAAAAGUUUUAAUUUAUAUAUCUUUUUUGUUUUCGCUUAUGUCAUCUUGAACGAUUUUUUAUUUUUAAAAAAUUUAAGGGAAAUGAAAAGAAUGAUGUAAUUUGUAGGUGAAAUUUAUACAUACUAAUAUGUUAAGUUUAGUUCUUAGUGAAUACACAGGCAAGUUAGGGGAAACAACUACGACCGACGACCGCUGAAUCGUUCUGUAUAUUGUUUUUUUUAGAAGAGCCUAGCAGAAACCUGCAAAAAAAUUUGUUCUUUUUAUUAGUUCUACUGUUUCUUGUUCUGUUUAGAUUUUGUUUAGUUUUUUUUUAAUCGCGGCAAACGUACAAAUUUUAUUCUGAUGCGUGCAAAAGUAUGCUUCGUACCGGAGGCAUCAUUUCUAGAUUUUCGAACAACAGAAGACAGCGUAAUUGAGGUUUCAACAGCAGGAACAUUCAGUUGAAUAGAGAAAAUGAUAUAGAAUGCAAAAAUAGAAUCUCUCUCUCUCUAAAUCGUUCGUAUUUUAGGUAGGAACAUUUUCCAUUUUUGUUGGAAAAGUAAAACAAAAAAAUGCAAGAAAAAAUAACGAUGGCAUGAAAAACAAAAACAUUAUGUUUUCCGUACUGAUCAUGCUUUUCCUGGAUAAGCAGAAAGGUAUCAUCUUGUUGAGGAUAUUCAUUUUUGAAUUUUAUUUAGUUUGCAGAACUUUGAAAUGAGAACUGUUUUCCUGUUUUCGCUUUAAAUUUAAAUUUCGAAGUAAUCAACGCAUAGCACGAAAUUAAAUCGAAAUAAACGACGUGGAAGGGUUCGAAGCAGUAUUAGCAGAUAUAACAUACAAUAGAGGGAAAUUUAAAGACUUGAACGAAAAAUACGACGUUUAAAUAUGGAACUAACCAACCAUUCUUUUUUAGGGAAAACAUAAAACGGUUUGAAAGUGGCGUUAGAACUCUGUUUGCCUUAGAAUGCGUCCCAGUCCACAGCGGGAAUGGUCAGAAUAAAAUUUGAAAUAUUGAUACUAGUUUCUCACCACAGUCACCCGCAAAAUGUAUACUCCACCUUCUUUGUCAACCCCUUAAUUUUUUUUUCGGUUCAUGUCUUGCCGUUAGGUCCCAAAAGACUACUGAAAUCAAAUCAAAAGUUUAUUUCUAGGAUGAUUAGGAAUAUUGAAAUCUCUCUAUCUCUUUCUCUCCAAACGGCCUGACACGCUGUGUAGUUGAGCGAAGGUCAACCAAAUGAGUCGACAGACCCGAUGCAAAAAUUGAAAAAAAAAAGAAAACUGAUAAUUAUAUAAUUGGAAAAAGACCCCUCCAUAGAAAAAUUUAAGAACGUAACAAAACAAACAAAAACAUCGUACUGAAUUUAGAAUUAGGUUCUUUUGUCUAAAUUUUUGGAAAACUUUGAGCGAAUAUACGAACAAAAAUAUAAAACCUGAAUAAACGGAGUCAUUGGAAAGUGCAAUCGCUCGUCGGUUCUUUUUAUGGCCUUCCGAUCAGAACUCGACCGGGGCUCGAUUCAUCCGAAUGAUCGCCGACAUGAAAAGAAGGAAAGACCGAACGAAGCAGCAGGUUCGCGGAGCAGGAAGAAGAAGAGAGUCGCGCGCACUGAUUUACUGCUAGGAAACGGAAAAGAAGUUUUUAGUUGUUAGACCGGGAAGACCGACAACCGGGAGGUGGAAGAGCUGGUCGUUCACUCUUCUACGCGACACGAAUGCACACGAAGGAUAGUAGUUUGUCGUGCAUCGUGCGAAACUAGCGGAGAGGAAUGCGAAAAUAUUUCUGCGACUUGGAAAAUGAGAACUUAUAAAUGUAUGGGUGCUUCUAUAUAUAUAUAAAAAAAGAUUGAUAAAAUUAUAUAUUUAAAAAGGUAUAAAAUAAAACAAUUACAGAACAAUGUUGAAAUGACAAAAAACAUACAUACACAAAGAAAACCAGAAAUCUGUAACGGAAAAUUAAAUUCACAAAAAAAAAAGAAAGAUACACACAUGUUGACACGUAAAUCGAAUAUAUAUAUAUUAGAGCGCGGGAUGAGCCAGCAAUUGGGCGGACUGGACAAAUAGGAAGAAAAAAACAAAACCGACUGUAACAUUUUCGCAUCAAAUUCAACUGCCACGAGUCUAGCUGCUGGUCUGUCCCCGACUUCUUUUCAUGAAUGUAAGAAUUAAUUGCCUUAAACGAUAUAUAUAUUAAAUAAUAUACAAUAUAAAAUUAUAUUUAAAAGAAAGCAACAGUAAAACAAACAAUUACUGGAGAUGCGCUGGAGCAGGAGAAAACCUCUCUCACAUACAUACAGAGACACAGUAAGCAAAAAAGGAAAAAAAUAGUGAUUAAUGAUUUUUUUCUAAUCAUAAAUUCAAAGGAAUAAAUUUGUCAUUACGAUAAAGGUAAGAAUAGUUAUCUAAAUUCUAUACAUAAAUAUAACACAAUAAUGAUAAGAGAAGAAAACAACUGAGAAAGGCGAGAAGAAAUAUAAUGUAAUUUAAAACUAAUUUAAAUUGCAAACUCUAAGCAAGAAUAUAAAUAAAUUUAGAAAACACAUCUUGUAUGAAUUUCUUAAGAGACGCCGCAAGUGGAUCUAGAGGAAACAAAAAGCAUAGAAAAAAUAGCGAAUUCGGGUAGGUUUUAAGUUUCACUGAAUAUUAUAAUCUAUUAUACAUAAUAAUUAUAUUGAACGAUUAAUAAACUGAUUAAUCCUUA